CAACAAUGCCAAUUACGAGUACUUCUCGAUACCUUAUUAAAUAGAUGAUCUAUUUUAAGAGUUACUCGCCUUUGAAGAUCGAUACUAAAAAGGGUCAGACAAAUAUGAUGUGAUUCAAAAAUUAAUUGAUUUAUAUGCUGUUUUAAUAGAACAUUAUGACAGUAUUCAAGUAAUAAAUAACAUCGAAAGUAGGACCCAGUGGGAUAUUAUUUCAAUGAGAAAUUGUAAUCAUUGUUUGCAUGUUAAAGAGCUUUGAAGACCAUUCGUAAAAUAAAUCAAGAUUAAGGUACAUUUGUGCCUUUACAUUCUCAAAGUUUGAUUAUUUAAGAAAUAAGAAGUAUUGAAAAUAGUUAAGAGAGUGCAAAAGCGAAAGUAUGAAUAUAAAAUAAUAGAAAGUAAGUAGUGUGUGUAGAGUAGAAGAAGAGAGAACGAUAGACAAAGGCAAAGAUAGCUAUGGAAAUUUAAGAUUAAAUUGAAUGCAAUUAGAAUAGUUUAGAAAAUAUGAUAACAGGAUAUCAAUAAACUUAGAAUUAAAAUUUAAAGGUGAUUGAAGAGGACUUAAAAAGACAAGAUAACAAUUUCUUAUAACGAAGAUAAAAAAGAGAGAGUAAAAUUCCAUAUUGAUAACAAGAAACUAAUUAAAUGAGAAGAUCGAGUAGAAUGUGUUCAACUAAAUGCAGUACAGAAAGAUUAGAUGUUUUUGAAAGUUGUAUAGAAUUUUCAAAUGGAGGAUAAGAAUAGAUGAGAGAAUUGAAUAAUACUAGAUUAAUGUAGUUUUUAAAAGAACAAUCAGAUAAAGUUAGUUCAGAUAAAAAUUAGUCUUAAGAGUCUGGAUAGAUGGAAGAAGUACAACCAUUUGAAGAUUUGAAAGUGGAAGAAAUGGAUGAUAUCGAAAAUAUUAUUCCUCCAAGAAGACAAAUAAGAGAAUCAUUAUCUGAAGACAUUAUGGAUUCUCCUCCAUAAUAAUAAAGAAAGGUCAAAUAAUUUGGAAUGAUUGAUAAUAAUGGAGAUAUGCUGUUAUUGGAAGAAGAGCAGAAUUUAAUAAGUGAUUUAAAUAUUGAAUUAAACUAUAAAUAGAAUGAAAUUUGA